GUGACUGAAGUGUCUGGAUAUUAUAAGGAAAUGGCGUUUUCUCAGUCUAUAGGGAAAGCACAAACUCCAGCUGUGUGUCAAUUCUGUGAAGAAUCCACAGAGAUUAAGUGGAAGUGUAUUAAUUGUGAGCUAUUCCUAUGUCAACUGUGCAGUUCAAAGAUUCAUAGUAAAAGUAAGGCAUCUAUGGAACAUGAAAUUAUUAAUUUAAAAGAUGUAGAAACAGAUAACUUUGCCACUUCCAUGAGGAAGGUUGAUCUAGACAACAUGGAAUGUACAAAACAUAUUAAACAGAAGUGUUUUUUUUACUGUAAUAAAUGUAGUGAGCCGGCUUGUUCUGAAUGUGUAGUGGAGACCCAUAAACUGCAUGAUUUUAAAGCCAUUGGUGAAGUGUAUAAAGAUAUCAUCUCUCAAAUGAAGAAACUCAUCGACACAUUUAAAUCAAAUAUUCAAAUCUUUAAAAAUGAAAAAGACAAACUGCAAAAAAUGCUUUCAGAUGGGGAUACAAAUUUUCAAGAAACAAGGGAAAUAAUUCUACAAACUGAGAAGGAAUUGAAAGAAGCUAUAUCAAAACAUGUUGAAGACCUCUUACAAGAACUUGAAGCAAAAUGGAAGCCUUCAGAAAAUAUAGUCAAAACUGAACUUUCUGCCAUGACAAAGAAUGAGGAUGAACUGGAAACCAGGAAGAACAAUCUAAACCAAGCCCUACAGUCUCAUCAAGCUGCAGAUAUUUUUUCCACCAGUACAAACUUAGAUAAGCCAUUACCAGAAUAUGUAUUUAAAACAAUCAAAUCUAAUAAGACAAAAUUCAUUCCGCAAAAAAAUAAAAUGCACGAGAGAAUUGGAAGUCAUGUGUUCGGUGAUCUUUAUACAGCUCCAGAAUUUGAAAUCAUUGACACUUAUCAAAGUGAACUUGAAAAUGUGCCAUGUAUACUUUUAUCUACUGACAAUACUGCCCUCAUAGGAAACUUUCAAGAUAAAAAGUUACAGAAAAUAAAAUUUGAAAAUCACAAUAUAAAAGUAGAGAAAGAAGUAAAGAUAGCAGUCUUUGAUAUGUCAUUGACAAGAGAUGAAGGAAUAUUUGUGUCAUCUCUAGAGAGGGAUCUGAAACUAUAUACCAAAGAUGGACAGAUAAAGACAUUUAAGUCAUUUUCCCCAUUGAUAACGUUAGGAGUUCAUGUAACCAAAGAUAAUAAGUUAAUAGUAGGAUUGACAGAAUGUAGUACAGUUAUAUUUCCCCCAGCAGAAGACAGUACCAGAAGACUUAUGGUUAUGAACCAGGACGGUGACAUACAACAUACUAUUGAAUAUGAUAGGAAUAAUCAGAGACUGCUAACUUACCCACAUAGAAUCAAUACUCUCAAUGAUAAGAUAGUAGUUAUAGACAUUAUAAACUUUGCACGGGAGGGUAAAGUAGUAAUGUUAGAUUAUGGGGGACAAUUGCAUUGGACCUACAAUGGUUGUAAUAGUACCAAUUCUGAUAAGGCUAAAUUCUGUCCAAGGGAUUUGGCAAUUACCUCUACAGACAUGAUUAUCGUUCCUGAUUCUUUGAAUCAUUCUAUACAUGUAUUAAAUCAUGCUGGUGAAGUUAUUUCAUUGAAAGAUGUUAAAAGCUUAGGAAUAGAAUUACCUGUAAGUCUCGAUAUUGACAAAAAUGACACUUUAUGGAUUUGGUGCAAAGGUCAGGCUAAGAUACACUGUGUUAAGCUGAUAUAA